AAGUACCUGCUGGCCAGUUUGUAGCUCCGCCUCCAAUAGGACCAUUUCGCUGGAGUCUUAGAAAGAAGAUUUUAAUUCCUGUUGGGGCAGUUUCCAUCUCAGCACUAAUAAUUGCGGCUGUGGUUCUUUCCUGGUAUUUUGUCACUAAAACCCAAAGCCCCUGCCAGAUGUACUGCAGCUACUCUGCCCAAUGUAUCUAUUCCUACCAGAUAUGUAAUGGGGUACAGGACUGCGCUUAUGGAGAUGAUGAAAGAAAUUGCGCCACUACAACCCCAAGCCCCUGCCAGAUGUACUGCAGCUACACAUACACGUGUAUCCAUGCCUACCAGAUAUGUAAUGGGGUACAGGACUGCGCUUAUGGGGAUGAUGAAAGAAAUUGCGCCACUACAACCCCAAGCCCCUGCCAGAUGUACUGCAGCUACACAUACACGUGUAUCCAUGCCUACCAGAUAUGUAAUGGGGUACAGGACUGCGCUUAUGGGGAUGAUGAAAGAAAUUGUGCCACUACAACCCCAAGCACCCCGACCUGCCAGAUGUACUGCAGCUACACAUACACGUGUAUCCAUGCCUACCAGAUAUGUAAUGGGGUACAGGACUGCCUUUAUGGGGAUGAUGAAUUAAAUUGUGUGCGAUUAUAUGGAGCAGACUCCCAACUGCAGGUCUAUUCUACAUUAAAGUCAGCAUGGCUGCCUGUGUGCGCUGAUAACUGGAAUGAUACCUAUGGGAGGUUUGCCUGCCAGGACUUUGGAUUCAAUGGGAGCAGCUAUAACAGAUAUAACACUUUGAUGUCCCCAUAUUCCCCUGUUGGGUAUUUCAAGUUAUACAAUGGAAACUGGACAAACAGAUUCUAUACAAGUGUUCAAAACAGUUCUUUUUGUUUAUCGGGAAAUGUGGUCUCCUUACAUUGUAUCAGCUGUGGUGUAUCUAACAACAGUGUAACCAGCCGAAUAGUAGGAGGAACUUAUGCCAACUUGGGAAACUGGCCGUGGCAAGUCAGUCUACAGUACAUGGCAAGAGUUUUAUGUGGUGGGUCCAUCAUUUCUCCCAGGUGGAUAGUGACGGCAGCUCACUGUGUAUAUGGGUCUUACUCAAGUGCUCCUGGAUGGAAGGUGUUCGCUGGGACACUGACCCUGCCAAGUUACUAUGAUCCCAGUGGAUAUUCCGUGGAAAGAAUAAUUGCGCACCCUGGUUAUAAUUCUUCCACUAAUGAUAAUGAUAUCGCCCUAAUGGAACUAAGCAAUGAGUUAACAUUUGGCUAUAGCAUUCAGCCGGUGUGCUUACCCAACUCUGGAAUGUUCUGGGAGGCUGGAACUACAAAUUGGAUAUCUGGUUGGGGAUCGACCUAUGAAGGAGGUAGCGCUUCUACAUAUCUGCGGUAUGCUGCAGUUCCACUGAUUGACUCAAAUGUGUGCAAUAAAACUUAUGCGUACAAUGGGCAAAUUACAGCUUCUAUGAUAUGUGCUGGCUAUCUUAGUGGGGGAGUAGAUACAUGCCAGGGUGACAGCGGGGGACCUUUAGUGACCCAAACAAACGCCACUUGGUGGCUUGUUGGUGACACCAGCUGGGGAUAUGGCUGUGCCCGAGCCUAUAAACCUGGUGUAUAUGGGAAUAUGACAACGUUCUUGGAUUGGAUAUAUUUACAGAUGAGGACCUACAGUUGAUGAAUGAGGAUUUAUUACAAUGGAUUAAUAUUCCCAGUGUUGGCACAGAAUAAAAUCGCCAUUGCUACUUAACCGAAAUGAAGUUUGUUGAAGUACAAGAGCCUUGGGUAUGGAGAGUGUACGACUCCCAGCCUUUGAAAAGCAAAAUGAAGGACAUUUUAGGCCACACCCAAUCCCCAUGGCUACACCCAGAUAUUCCCUGAUCUGCCCCAAACCCCUCACACAUUAUAGUAACCCCUCUUGCUGGCCCACAGUUCAGCACUGUCCCACCCAAGGGCAGAGAGGGCAUUUGGCUUCAGCCCCCAGAUGUUUUAGACUGACAGUAUAUCUACUAGAUACUGUAUAUCAUGACCUUGAUAAGUGAAAUGCUCCAUAGACAUUGCAAGGCUCCCCCUUCCCUUACUCAAGCCCCGGUAUAGGGGUUUUUUGGACAAUGUGGGUUCUGUACUGUCAGACUGAUGCAAAAUGUUUCCAUGAAUUAUGCUUUUAAGAAUAAUAAAGUUUACUUUUAACCCUUAA